AUGAUGCUCUUUGUACCUCUUCUCCUGGUGGGCACCCUAUUCCCUGCCAUCCAGGCCACGUGGUUGACAAAAUGUGAGCUGCACAAGAGACUGAAAGACAUAUUUGGCUAUAAAGACAUCACUGCAGCUGAAUGGAUCUGUACCAUAUUUCAUACCAGUGGUUUUGAUACACAAGCCAAAGUCAGUAAUAAUGGCAGCACAGAAUAUGGACUCUUCCAGAUCAGCAAUAAACAUUGGUGUAAAAGCGAACAGAUCCCCCAGUCAAAGAACAUCUGUAAUAUCCCCUGUGAAAAGCUCCUGAAUGAUGACCUCACUGAUGACAUAGCGUGUGCCAAGAAGAUCCUGGAUAGGAAAGGAAUGGGCUACUGGUUGGCCUAUGAGGCGCUCUGCUCUGAGCAACUGGAACAGUGGCUCUGCAAGGAUUUGUGA